GCCGGCCACUUGGAGCUCGGCGUGGACGCCGGGUGCGGCGGCGGGGCGGUGUGGAGCUCCGCGGGUGCUGUCGGCUGGAGGCGAAGAGGCGGGGUCGACAUGGAAGUGAAGGAUGCCAGCGCUGCGCUGCUCAGUAACUAUGAGGUGUUCCAGUUACUAACUGAUAUGAAAGAGCAGCGUAAAGAAAGUGGAAAGAAUAAACACAGUUCUGGGCAACAGAACUUGAAUACUAUCACGUAUGAAACAUUAAAAUACAUAUCAAAAACACCAUGCAGGCACCAGAGUCCUGAGAUUGUGAGAGAAUUUCUCACAGCAGUGAAAAGCCACAAGUUAACCAAAGCUGAAAAGCUUCAGCUGUUGAAUCACAGGCCGGUGACUGCUGUUGAGAUCCAGCUGAUGGUGGAGGAGAGUGAAGAACGGCUGACAGAGGAGCAGAUAGAAGCUCUGCUCCACACCGUCACAAGCAUCCUCCCUGCGGGGCCAGAGGCUGAGCAGAAGCAAAAUACCAACGAUGACAUGACAAUGGACGAAGAGGACCCAGCAUAGAAGAGCACAACUGGCCCAAGUGUCUCGUGAAGUUGAAAGGCCCAGCAGCCACUUCCCAGACAUUCAGAGGAUUAUUUAUUUGGUUUUACCUUCUAUCCCAACAGGCCUGAUUUCCUGGUUAGUUGGGUAAACCACAAAAAUAAGCCUUUCUCAAAAAUAAGCUGAAAAGAAAUCCUUGUGCCUCUGAAAGAAGAAACAUGGUGGAUAGGCUGAGGUUGUCAGGGCAGAGAGCUAAAGAGAGGAAGAGUGAGUCCAAGAGGACAAUACUGUGGAACUCUGUGUGGUAAAAAUAUUUCUUCUGUGGCCUUUGCCAUGGUUGUGGGACGGUCCCUGUACACAGCUGGUAAAAUACUUGCACUGGCUUUGAUGGGCUAUGUCCUAAUUAAUUUCAUCUGCUUCCCCAGGAGCUUCCCAAGCAGGCAUGCAGAGCCCUGCUAGGAUGAGAGCUGAGUUACGAGAAUCCUGUUAGAUGGCUAAAAACUCCCAAAGCAGCAAAUAGUUGCUCUAAGUUAAAAUGAGCCACUGAACUUGGCUCACCUUAGAGGAAUCUUUUCCUUGAGAACAGCAGAGAUAAGAAGAGAACGGCCUGGACAACUCUUCAUCAGGUCUAAAGGCCCCUUUCCUCUGCUGGCAUGGGCUUUGUUUACAGCCCACUAAUUAGUCUUAAAUGUUAGGGCACCAGCUCACUCCAGUUGAAAAGAGGCACUCCAGACUGAAUGACCGUGUCACCUGCCUUUCUGAAUACCUUCCGUUUCCUGCCCUGUGACAGGCUCUGCCUGUUGAAGCCAGGUGGGCAAGUUGUUUGCAUCUUUUAAAAAGGGCAGUUCCCUGGGGUUCCAGUGGCUAGGACUCUGCACUUUCACUGCUGAGGGCGUGGGCUCAAUCCCUGGUCGGGGAACUAAGAUCCCACAAGGUGCAAAUUGUGGCUCAAAACAAAAAAAACCCAAAAAUGAAGAAGGUACAGUUAUGUAGCUCUUUUUGUGGAUGGAAUAUGAAGAGCUAGAGGUUAAUUAAUAAGAAUUUGAAUUUGUUGACUGUUGCAUCAGUUUUUGAAUUUAAAAUAUUAGAAUAAUUACCAUGUGAAGAACUUGUUAAUAUUCAGGCUUUGGAGAGUUUAGUAGCCCCAGACAUGUAGUUGCCUUAGAUCCUAGGAAUAUUGUUAAAAAUUAAUUUCCCAUAUUCACUCUGCUCCCGAUUUGGGGAAGAAAAUGCCCAUAGACAUUAAUUUUUCAAAUUGGUACUCGUGUUGUAAGAUCACAUUUUCAGUGUUUCUGUUUAUUGGAUUACUUCCCACCCCUAGGAAUUCCCAGGUUAUUUCAGCCUCCCCACCACCCCUGCCAGUAGGCAGUUAUGUUCAUCUUAACCUUAUCAUCUAAAGAUCAGUUGAGAUCUGCUUACAGGCAACAUUGAAAUUAACAGGGCAUUUAUUUUUUAUUUUAUAUUUUUUAAAAUUAAUUUUUAUUGGAGUAUGGUUGCUUUACAGUGUUGUGUUAGCUUCCACUGCACAACAAAAUGAAUCAGCCAUACACAUACAGGGUAUUUAUUUUUUUAUUUUUAUUUUUAUUUUUCAUCGCAGAAAGAAUUCAGUGAGAGACAAAGUGAUGGGUAAGAAGUGGAUUUAUUUAGAGAAAAACACACUCCACAGACAGAGUGUGGGCCAUCUCAGAAGGGGAGAAAGGCCCAGGGCAUUUAUUUUUAAAUCUCUCUUUUGAGUAUCAGGAAUUUUACCAGGAGCUGUUGAUUUGUCAAGGCAUGCAUGUGCUUGUAUUAUUUUUGUUUCAUUUUGACCUUGAGUGUGUUAGGUGCUUUUUCUUCAUGGAUUUAAGGCUUAAUUAGUUAAUAAUAAAUUGUUUGCAGAUGACUGCCAACUUGUGCUAUUUUUAUAAAUCUUUGAAGAGUUUGUUUUGCCAUGGAUAGGAAGAAAUAAAAUGAAAUCUGACUUAAAAGCUAACAUAUAUAUAUAUUUUUUAAUUUUAAUUUUUUUCUUAAGUUGAAUCUAUUUAGAUCUAAAUUUUGUGUUGGAUUUCAAGAAAAUUUUAAGUUUCUUUAUUUGGGACCUGAAUUUAGCCUCUGAUUAAGUUUCUGAUUAAGUCUGACAGGCUCUAGGAGACUUAACCUUUAUAAGAAAUAUGGUCUUUGUAAUAUUCCCAUAGCAUUAGUAAUCAACAUUUCAGAAAUAAAAGGUUGUAAUUUACACAAGAAACUUAACCAGGAUCAUAUCUGGAAAGGAGAGCUGGGAGUCUAUGAGACUUGCUUUUCGUUUUAUGUCCUUCUGUAUGGCUUCAGUUUUUGACCAGGUGACUGUUUUAUUCUUUAAAAAGAAAAAAAAAAAUCUGUUUAUUUACACGUUGUCCUUGGCCUCUGCGAAAGUUAUUAAAUGUAUAGUGGAUAGUUAAAUUAUGUCCCAAACGUGGAGACUGACACCCAGUCCAGUCACUCUGGGAGACGCAGCACUGAGGGGAUUGAUCUUUCAAGAAGGUACUGCUGAACUCUUAAAAGAUGAAGUUGACUCUCACUUAGAGGUUUAUCCAAAUAAUUUCCUUGCCUCUUUUUGCUUAAAAGUUACUGUAUGACCCACUACCACCUCAGAGGACUUGCCACUUAUUCAAGGCUUGUUCAUAAAAUAAUGGGUACUGUUUUCCUAAUCAGUCAUUGUGUAAGCAUACCAGCUCUCAAGAGCUUAUACCCUAGUGAGAGAUGAGAGGAUCAGUCCUCCCGUAUAUUCUUUGCUAAAUCAUUUUCUCCCCUGAAACCAAUUUAUUACUGCUCGUGUAAAUGGAUCAUUUCUCAGUAAACUAUGAAACAGACCACAUACCCUGAAAAGGAUCGUCAAUCUGAUUUAAUUACACAAUGAACUAAGGGGAUAAAAGGAAGCAAAACUGCCCAGAACUGGCCAGAAAGCCUUUUACAUAUUUUAAAAAUAAAGAUAUAAUUCACAGGGACUUCAUUGGCAGUCCAGUGGAAGCUGCACUUAGCCUUCCAGUGCGGGGGGUGUGGGUUUGUUCCCUGGUCAGGGAGCUGGGGUCCCACGUGCCUCGUGGCCAAGGGGCCAAAACAUAAAACAGAAGCAAUGUUGUAACAAGUUUAAUAAGGACUUA